GCGGCGGGGACGGGCAUGGUGCGCGCUCGGGCCGGAGCCCGCGGCACCCCCCGGGAGGCGGUGGCGGGCGGCGCCCCGCGGCAGGCAUGCCCAAAGAAAAAUACGACCCCCCCGGCCCCCGGAGAAUGUACACGAUUAUGUCCCCUGAGGAAGCGGCCAGUGGGAAGAAGGCGCAGUGGGCCGAGCUGGAGAUCAGUGGAAAAGUCCGAAGCUUAAGCUCCUCGCUGUGGUCUCUGACUCAUUUGACCGCUUUGCAUCUGAGCGACAAUUUUCUGUCUCGCAUCCCAUCAGACAUUUGCAAGCUGCACAAUCUGGCAUAUCUGGACCUGUCCUCAAAUAAAAUCCGGAGUUUGCCAGCAGAACUCGGGAACAUAGUAUCACUCAGGGAACUCCAUUUAAAUAACAACCUGUUACGAGUUCUGCCUUUUGAGCUGGGAAAACUGAUUCAGUUGCAGACGUUAGGCCUGAAAGGAAAUCCCCUCACCCAGGAUAUACUGAACCUCUAUCUGGAACCGGAUGGAACGAGAAGGCUACUGAACUAUUUGCUCGAUAACUUGGCAGUGUCCACUGAGCAGCCGCCCCCCAGAUCGUGGAUCAUGCUGCAGGAGCCUGACCGGACGAGGCCCACGGCUUUGCUCUCUGUCAUGUGCUACAACGUGCUCUGUGACAAAUAUGCUACCCGGCAGCUGUACGGCUACUGCCCAUUGUGGGCGCUCAAUUGGGACUACCGGAAGAAGGCCAUCAUCCAGGAGCUUGUGAACUGCAAUGCCGACAUCAUCAGCCUGCAGGAGGUGGAAACUGAGCAGUAUUACAGUUUUUUUCUGGUGGAACUGAAGGAGCGAGGGUAUAACGGGUUCUUCAGCCCAAAAUCAAGAGCAAGGACCAUGUCGGAACAAGAACGCAAGCAUGUGGACGGGUGUGCAAUAUUCUUCAAGACCGAGAAAUUCACUCUGGUUCAGAAACACACUGUUGAAUUCAAUCAGCUGGCCAUGGCCAACUCCGAGGGCUCGGAGGCGAUGCUGAAUCGAGUCAUGACUAAGGAUAACAUCGGCGUCGCGGUCCUACUGGAGCUGCGGAAGGAGCUGAUGGGGACAGCACUGGGGAAGUCCCAUCUUGGAGCAGAAAACCAGCUACUCCUGGUGGCGAAUGCACACAUGCACUGGGAUCCGGAGUACUCAGACGUGAAGCUGGUCCAGACGAUGAUGUUCCUGUCAGAAGUGAAGAACAUCAUUGACAGAGCUUCCCGGAGCCUGCAACCCGGCGUGCUGGGGGAGCUUGGGACCAUCCCGUUGGUGCUGUGUGCCGACCUCAACUCCUUGCCUGACUCUGGUGUUGUGGAGUACCUGAGCACUGGGGGAGUAGAGACCAAUCAUAAGGACUUUAAGGAAUUGAGGUACAAUGAGAGUCUCACCAACUUCAGCUGCAGUGGGAAAUUUGGGACAGCCCCCGGGCGAAUCACCCACGGUUUCCGGCUUAAGAGUGCCUACGAGCAGGGCCUCAUGCCUUACACCAAUUACACGUUCGAGUUCAAGGGGAUCAUUGACUACAUCUUCCACUCGAAGCCUCAGCUGAAGACCCUGGGCGUGCUGGGCCCCCUGGAUCACCACUGGCUCGUGGAGAACAACAUUGCUGGCUGCCCGCACCCGCUCAUCCCCUCUGACCACUUCUCCCUGUUUGCCCAGCUCGAGCUGGCGCUGCCUUUUCUGCCACCAGUGAAUGGCCUCCACCUCCCGGGCAGGAGGUAGUCCUGGCACCCA